AUGACAGGCGCGGUGAAGAAUCCUGCUCUUGAAACGGUCAACACAGUAGAUGUCGAACCGGGCUCUCACUCGGACACCGAAACUCCGCCCGUGACGGAAACGAAAAAUGCUCGAGAUCGCAGAUAUUUGCGAAGGCUUGACGGCUUUCUCUUUUCAUAUAUUCUCCUCGGCUACUUCAUCAAGUACCUCGACCAAGAAAACUACAGCAAUGCCUUCGUCAGUGGGAUGCAAGAAGAUCUUCAACUAUACGGAAACGAAAGAAACUACCUAAACACGUUCUUCAACAUCGGCAUCAUCAUAGGAACAGUGCCCUCCCAAAUGAUGCAGCUAAAAUACGUGCGACCCUCCAUCUGGAUUCCAUCAUGCGAGCUCGCAUGGUCCAUUCUAGUCAUGGUCAUGGCCAGCGCCAAAAACAUCAACACACUAUACGCGCUUCGCUUCUUCGUCGGAUUGUUGGAGUCUUGCGCUUUCCCGGGCUACGCCGCUAUCCUCGGGAGCUGGUACGGCAAGAAGGAGCUCGCAAAACGAAUGGCGUUGUUCGAGCAAUCAAGCGCGAUCGCGAGCAUGUUCAGUGGGUAUCUCCAAGCCGCUUUGUACACGGGUCUCAAUGGAGUUUCGGGGCUUGCCGGGUGGAGGUGGCUGUUCAUUUUCGACGGCAUCAUAUCUAUCCCUAUUGCGCUGUGGGGAUAUUUCGCACUGCCAGAUUUGCCGAACAACACGAGAGCUUUCUACUUCAGCGCUGAGGAUCGUGCGUAUGGCGUUGAAAGAGUUGGAAAGAUUGGAAGAGCGGCUCCGCGCAAGCUUACGUGGAAUGAAAUCAAGAAAGUCUUUGUAGAUUGGCAAAUAUGGACGUUUAUUUUGCCUUGUAGGAUGGUAGCUGAAGCCGGCUCUGGCAGAAACUACUUUAAUUUAUGGCUAAAAGCGGAAGGAUACAGUGUGGUUCGGAUCAACACACUUCCAACAGCUGGUAGCGCCGUAAGUCUUGUUUCUGCAGUGGCAUUUGGUGCACUGUCGGAUUACACUGGUUACCGCCUCACUCUGGUCACGAUUAUCCAAGCCGUUGUUUUGGUAUCCAACAUCAUUUUAUCCAUCUGGAACGUCCCGAAAGCGCCGCUACUUGCAGGAUUCUAUCUAUCGUAUGUCGGCCAAGCAUCACAACCUAUUGUUAUAUCAUGGGGACACGAAGCUAUGCAGGACAAUGCAAAUCUUCGACAGUUGCUUGUUGCGACCGGAAACAUCUUCACUUAUGCAUUUGGAGCAUGGGUUCCAGUCGUCCUCUUCCCUACGCAAGACGCGCCUCAUUACAAGUUUGGGUAUCAAGUCCUAAUAGUAUUUGGAGCACUUGCCGUUGCGGGCAUGUUUUUGAUGGAUUUUCUACAUAAGCGAAAGAUAUAG